GUCUUAACUUUAGAUUACAUUGAUUUUUCCUGUACCUUGUCCUGAGAUUCCUCUGUAAGGCAAACGGAAGGUAUUAGUAAGCAUAAAUAAUGUGACCUGGGAGAAAGCAGGGAGGCAUGGACUCACGCUGGAAGAGUCUGAAGGAUUCAGCUGUGGAGGAAGACAGAUGUUUUGAGCCCACCCUGGGAGUGGAGUCCUUCCAAACGUCCAGAGGAUGGGCUGGGCAGAUGCUUGACCCUUUCAUGCCUGGAGACCAUCUUCUGACGUCCGGAAUCAGCUCAGACAUCACAGCUUUGCUCGGUGUGUCAGAGCGGAUCAGUUAAAGAACCCCAGCUGAAAGGGAUCGUGACCAGGUUAUUCAGCCAGCAGGAAUAUUUCUUGCAGAUGCACCCAGACGGAACGAUUGACGGGACCAAGGACGAGAACAGCGACUACACCCUCUUCAAUCUAAUUCCAGUGGGGCUCCGUGUGGUAGCUAUCCAAGGCGUGAAGGCAGGCCUUUAUGUGGCCAUGAAUGGCGAGGGGUACCUCUACAGCUCCGACAUCUUUACACCCGAGUGCAAAUUCAAGGAGUCCGUCUUCGAGAACUACUACGUGAUCUAUUCCUCCACGCUGUACCGGCAGCAGGAGUCUGGGAGAGCUUGGUUCUUGGGACUCAACAAAGAAGGGCAGAUCAUGAAGGGCAACCGAGUGAAAAAGACCAAACCGUCCUCACAUUUUGUACCCAAACCCAUAGAAGUGUGCAUGUACAGAGAGCCUUCCCUGCAUGAAAUCGGAGAGAAGCAAGGACGCUCCAGGAAGAGUUCGGGGACGCCCACCAUGAACGGAGGCAAAGUCGUCAACCAGGACUCCACAUAGCCGAGCGAGCGAAGCGCCCACUGCCCUCCCUCGCAGCCGUGUCUCCCAGCCACCUGCCCCCCAGCCCCUCCAGCGAGGCUGGAGCUUCCCGGAAGGGCCACGAUUCCACGGGCGGCCUUCCCUCCGUGCAGGGCGAGGAGGCCGCGCCUCCUGCUAUGGGGCAGAGUCCAGUGUACACACACAUGCGCGCACACGCACACCCCCCCCAUGUGAAAGGGAAUGUAUAUUCAACGGAGUGUGGAGGCAGGAGAGAUUCAUUGAAUAUAUAUUCCACCAGGACUCCAUUAACAUUUUAAAACAGCAAAACUCUUUGCUCCGUUACGUGGACGGGGGAAUUGGUCAUCUCUGCAUAACAAUGAUUAUUAUAAUAAAUUAAUUAUUAUCUAACUAUAAUAAAUACAU